AUGCUCAAGCUGGUGUGCCACUUCAGCGUGAAGCAGAAGAGCGGGCGCAAGCGCAAGCCCCGAGAGGGCGAGGCGCCGACGCUACACACACCUUCCCGUCCGCCGGCCCCGCGUGCCAACAAGACUGGGGCCGUCGGCGGUGGCGGCAAGGGCUCUGCGGCGUCGGCGAUGGCGGCUGCGACUGCGGCGGCGGCGGAUUCGGCCGCGGCGGAAUCGGCGGCGGCCGCGGCGGCCGCGGCGGCGGCGGCGUCGUGGUCCAACGGGGGCGGCAGGGAGCGAGGCCUGUCGUCGGCAAGCCGGAGGAGCGGGGGAGGAUCGGAAUCUGAUGGGGGUCACGGCGAUCGGGGGGUGUUCUCGGGAAAGAGAAAGUCAUCCAGCUCGAAGUCGGCAGCGCCGCGCCAGAAGCAUCGCCGGGAAAAUACCAUGGACAUGGCCACCGCCGCCGCCGCCGAUCCCAGCCAAGGAGGAAGGGGCCCCGCGGAAGGAAGAGGGUCUGGCCCCAGCCCCUACGGCGGCGAUGGCCAGGCGCACUCCCCUCACGGCAGCAGCGUUGGUCACAACUUCCUCCCGGCCUCCGCCAACUCUCACAACAGCUUCGCGCAGAGACCCCCCUCCCCAUCACGCAGCGGUGGCGGGAGCGUCAGCAGCAGCAGCGGUGCUGUGCACUCCCCAAAGCAGUCGCGAGACGCGAGAAACGGGCGCCACAACUACCGCCACGUUCAUCACCGGGGCGACGGCGACGCCAGGGCUGACCGCCAAGACUCCUCCGGGAGCGGCGGCCGAGGAGGGGGGGCCCCGCCACAUCCCGGGGGGGGGUGGGGAGUGGCGCCACCGGCGGCGCCGCCGGCGCUGGGCGCGGAGCCGCAGAUGCGAGUGACGUCGAAGGGGGUUCCGCAGGUGUCUUCUGGCGGGGCGGGGGAUAUCCCCAUGCGACCGUCGUCGCCGAGCGUCUGGCGGUCGGCACCCGUGGUGGCUCAGCAGGACUCGUCCACCUCCCGAUACGUUCUCCACGACCACCACCGCCACCGGAAGGUGUCGCCACCACCGCUUUCUGCAUCGCAGAGGCAUCUACAACACCACGUGCAUCAAAACCCGCAAACCCAGUCCUUGUCGUCGCGAGGAGGGGGAUCCGCGGGCAUGGGGGGAGGAACCACCCCGCCCUCCGACGCCCGAGAGCCUCCGCACCGGCAGCAGUACCAGCCGGAGCCGGAGUCGAACGGGCAGCUGGCGUGGAAGCCCGUGCAGGAUUCCCGAUCAGUGCCCUCCCCCAGCAUCACAGACCAACAGCAGCACCAACAGCGACACCCCCAUCAUCAUCACCACCGUGGGAUUUCCCCGCAGCAGGCCGCCUUCUACGGCUCCGGCCAUGCCGCGGCGAGAGCAGCGGCGGGAAGGGCUGCUUCCUCGGCCUCGUCGUCGAUAUCGCCGCCGCCGCCGCCCCGUCCGCCGCCCCCGUCCGCGGCGCCGCAGCCGCAGCCGCAGCCGCCAGUGGCUGCGACGCCGUCUCCCGGGGACUUGGUCGGUACGGAUACCCAGGAGGCGGACGCGGCCGCUGCGCGGGCCGUAGAGGCGAAGGCCCGGCUGGCAGAGGCGAACGCAAGGUCGGAGAUUGCGGCGCACGAGGCUAAGGAGGCGGCGGAGGCGGCCGAAGUGGCGAAGGAGGCCGCGACAGCAGUGGUGCUGCCGCUGCCCGCGACCAGGGAGGAGAUCACGAGGGACGGCAGGGUCGGGAGGAGGGAGAACGCCUUCCUGGACACGUACUUCGCGUUCUUUGGACGUUUCGUGCGGUGGGUCUUUUUGUUUCUGCGGACGCUGACCGAGCUGGCCCUCCAAGAUGCAACGACGACAUCAGCCGACGACGACCCUGGCGACCAAGCCCGCUCGCCACCGUCGCCAGGGAGAACGUCGUCCCCGGCCGUGCCCGGGGGGUGGAGGGCGGGGGGUUGGGGUGCGUCGAGAUUGCCCGCCGACGGCCCCGGCGAAGGCGGACGCGCUAACGGGGGCGAGGGGGGCGGGGUGAGGUCGCGGGACCGGCAGGGUUCGAGGGCGCCGGGAAGGGUGGCGAGCGGCCUCAAGAGAGGGGUUACCCCCGAGAAAGGGGCUAGCCUUUGGGCCGGCGUCGGCAUCGGGGCCAUGCUCCAGGUGGAAGUUACACCCCUCACGUUGCGUAUAUAUGUUGGCGGAGCGUCACCACAAGACGGGGAGGUCUACGCCAAGAUGGCGAGAGAUCAGCUAGACUCGGCGAAGGCCUCUUGCGCGAACCGGAGACAACAGCGCGUCAGGGCGGACCUGAUGUUGUGCGUGCUGUACGACAUGCUGGGCCGUUACGAUAAGUCGGACGAGUGCCUGGACGCAGGCUUUGAGGGAGUCGCGGAGUCAUCGACGCACCUUCACGACGUACUGGACCUCCUCCUAGCCUCCAAGCAGGAGAGAGAUUGGCGUGGUUCCCCCGGCGCGGGACACCAACAUCACCGUCAUCACCCCCAUCACUACCCUCAUCACCACCACGAUCACCACCAUCAAGGUUCGGCAGGGGGGGGUGGGGCAGCCGGGAAGGGUUCUGGCGCUGUCGUUUCGAGCGUUGGCAUCGGCACACCUCGGCAGCAGACCCCGAUGCUCAUCACCGAGGGGAACGCUCUGUCCCUGCUCAACCGCUUGAGCUGGGACAUGUUGAGGCGGUUCACGAAGCUCCCGUUUGCGGCGGCUAGCCGGGGAGGGCAUGGCGGCUCCAGCUACCAAGCACUUGUGGAAUGGCGCAGCGGGGAGGGUUGGUACGGGACGUUGGUGAAGGCCCACUCGCACCUCUGCGCGGAUCUGAAUGACGACGUAAGGGCCCUGCCUCGGUGUCCCCUCGCCGUCGGCCUCCUGAAAAGCAAGCUUAGCUGGCUCCACUCCUGUCUCGGGAGGACCACGGCCGCGGCGGAUAAGUCUCAAGUGAUGCUCGCCCUGUUGGAACCGUUCCCCGGCGCCGGUCGUUGGUCGUUAUGGAGACAUCCCCUGCACCUCGCGGCCUGCCAUUUGGCCAUCGCCGGCAGGCCCGGGGCCUACGAGAAACUGAGGCGGACCUUCAACGCCUUCUUAAGGCCGGGCAUGUUCGAGCUCCCUGGGUUCGAGUCGUUCCACACGAUCACGCGGCUUUGCCACUCGUGCUCUCCGACGGUCUCCCUCCUCGUGAAGGCCUACAUGCCCCACCUCGAGCCGUUGCUGUCCACCCCGCCAGUCGCACACAACAACAACAACAACGACAACAGCAGCAGCAGCAGCAGCGGCAGUGGCAGCAACGCUGCCGCGGCUGUGUCGAACCCCCCGCAGCAACAGCCUUCGGACAACAACAUGGCGGGAGAAAAAGCCGCACCAGCGGCGGCGGGCAUGUCCCCUGCUGCCUGCCCCUCCGCGCGCUUGCCGGCCGCCCGUGAGCACGAGGGUGCAGCAGCGGCGGCGGCGGCGGCAGCGGCGGCGAGAGCUGAAGGGCCUCCUGCUCCGCUUGGGUUCAACGCGGUAUCGCCUCCUUUGUCAGUGCAGAACUCAGGGGAGUUGAAGUCCAACACGGGGGGCGCGGAUGGGUAUGUGGCGGGGGGCGGGCGGGGGGCAACGGAGAAGGGAGGGGGAUCUGCGGGAGAGGGGGAAUUGGUGGGAGGGGAGGGGGGCGACGGGGGGGCCUUGGGACAUUUGCCUGCUGGCGUGCCAGGUUCGGUGGAGUGCUCUGUACGACUACUGCUGCCGUGAUGUGUUGUCAUCGG